GUCCGUGCGCGAAACACCCCCGCCGGACCCGGGGUUGGCGGCGCGAUGUCGAGCUUCAACCCCGAGCUGAUCGAUUACCUGGAGGGGAAAAUCUCCUUCGAGGAGUUCGAGAGGCGCCGAGAGGAGCGCAAGAGCCGCGAGAGGAAGGAUGGAGAAAGUGUACCUACUGAGGAAAAUACAUUCGACCCAGAUGCUCCAUCUACAUCUGGAAAAGGAUCUGGUAAAUCCCGGAGUCGCAGUGAAACAGAAGGAGAAACGACAGAUGGGGUCAGUAAAUCUGUCCAUCGGGUAUUCGCUUCCAUGCUUGGGGAAAAUGAAGAUGAGGAGGAGGAGGAGGAAGAAGAGGAAGAGGAGGAGGAAGAUGAAGAAACCCCUGAGCAACCCACAGCAGGAGAUGUUUUUGUAUUGGAGAUGGUGCUUAAUCGAGAGACCAAGAAAAUGAUGAAAGAGAAAAGACCUCGCAGUAAACUUCCUCGAGCCCUCAGAGGCCUCAUGGGAGAAGCCAACAUUAGGUUUGCUCGAGGGGAGCAUGAGGAGGCUAUACUGAUGUGCAUGGAAAUCAUAAGACAAGCUCCUCUUGCUUAUGAGCCAUUUUCUACUCUUGCCAUGAUCUAUGAAGACCAAGGUGAUAUGGAGAAAUCAUUGCAAUUUGAGUUGAUUGCAGCUCAUUUAAACCCUAGCGACACUGAGGAGUGGGUUAGACUGGCAGAAAUGUCACUAGAGCAGGACAAUAUUAAACAGGCCAUAUUUUGCUAUUCAAAAGCUCUGAAGUAUGACCCUACCAAUGUGCGUUAUCUGUGGGAGAGAUCAAGCUUGUAUGAGCAGAUGGGAGACCAUAAAAUGGCAAUGGAUGGCUAUAGACGUAUCUUAAAUCUUCUGUCCCCUUUUGAUGGAGAACGCUUUAUGCAGUUGGCCAGGGACAUGGCGAAGAGUUACUAUGAAGCCAAUGAUGUCACCUCUGCUAUUGAGAUAAUGGAAGAAGCCUUUACUAAACAUCAGAGCCUCAUCGCCAUGGAAGAUAUAAAUAUAGCAGCUGAACUGUAUAUCUCCAAUAAACAGUAUGACAAAGCUAUGGCGGUUAUUACGGAUUUUUCAGGAAUUGUAGUUUCAAAGAAAGUGACUGAACAAGGCCCUUCUGAGGAGAAUAAAGACAUGAAAGAUGUAGUGGCUGUUGUGGAAAUUCAGGAGAGUCAAGUGGCAGUAAUUGACUAUCAAGAUUUUCCAGCUGAAUCGAGCACUGUUUCUGAAGAUAAAGUUAGCUGCUCUAUACCUGAUGGAGUUCCAAUAGACAUCACAGUAAAACUAAUGGUGUGCCUGGUUCACCUGAACAUCCUAGAGCCACUCAAUCCUCUUUUGACUACUCUAGUGGAGCAAAAUCCAGAGGAUAUGGGGGACUUGUACCUGGAUGUUGCAGAGGCGUUUCUGGAUGUUGGAGAAUACAAUUCAGCACUACCACUCUUGAGUGCCUUAGUUUGUUCUGAAAGAUAUAACUUGGCUGUAGUUUGGCUCCGGCAUGCAGAAUGUCUAAAAGCCUUGGGAUAUAUGGAGCGUGCUGCAGAGAGCUAUGCAAAAGUUGUUGAUCUUGCGCCAUUGCAUUUGGAUGCAAGAAUUUCACUUUCUACACUUCAGCAGCAGCUGGGCUGGCCUGAGAAAGCUCUGGAGGCUCUGGAACCAAUGUAUGAUCCAGAUACAUUGGCACAAGAUGCUAAUGCUGCCCAGCAGGAAUUAAAGUUACUGCUUCAUCGUUCAACGCUGUUGUAUUCUCAAGGCAAAAUGUAUGGUUAUGUGGACACUUUGCUUACCAUGCUAGCAAUGCUAUUAAAGGUAGCAAUGAACAGAGCUCAGGUGUGUUUGAUAUCUAGCUCCAAAUCUGGGGAGAGACACCUUUACCUUAUGAAGGUGUCUAGGGAUAAAAUUUCAGACAAUGAUGACCAAGAGACAGCAAACUGUGAUGCAAAAGCAAUAUUUGCUGUGCUCACAAGUGUACUGACAAAAGAUGACUGGUGGAACCUCCUCCUGAAAGCCAUAUACUCUUUGUGUGACCUUUCCCGAUAUGAGGAGGCAGAGCUGCUGGUGGAUUCCUCGCUGGAAUAUUAUUCAUUUUAUGAUGAUAGGCAAAAGCGCAAAGAGCUGGAGUACUUUGGUCUUUCAGCUGCAAUUCUGGACAAGAACUUCAGAAAAGGUUACAACUAUAUCAGGAUAAUGCUAAUGGAAAAUGUUAAUAAACCGCAGCUCUGGAACAUCUUCAAUCAAGUCACCAUGCAUUCUCAGGAUGUACGACAUCAUCGCUUUUGUCUUCGAUUAAUGCUGAAAAAUCCUGAUAAUCAUGCACUGUGUGUCCUAAAUGGGCAUAAUGCAUUUGUAUCUGGUAGUUUCAAGCAUGCUCUCGGACAAUACGUGCAAGCCUUCCGUACUAACCCAGAGGAACCUCUGUACAGCUUUUGCAUAGGCUUAACUUUCAUCCAUAUGGCAUCUCAGAAGUAUGUGUUAAAAAGACAUGCUCUUCUUGUACAGGGAUUCUCUUUCCUUCACCGGUACCUGGGCCUCCGUGGACCGUGCCAAGAAUCUUUCUAUAACCUAGGCCGUGGCCUUCAUCAGCUGGGAUUAGUGCAUAUGGCAAUCCAUUAUUACCAAAAGGCACUUGAACUUCCUCCUCUCAUCUUAGAGGGAAUAGAAGCUGAUCAGACAGACUUGCGAAGAGAUGUUGCCUUCAACUUGUCACUAAUUUAUCAGAGCAGUGGAAAUUUAAGAAUGGCUCGAAAGCUAUUGUAUACAUAUGGAAUCGUAUGAUGGAGUUUGUGGCACCUGUUUGUGACUAAGAGGUAGCAUGGGGAAAAUAACAUUUGUCAUUUCCACUGGGGCACUGAGGAUCUCAGGCAUUACAUACCAAUGGAGAGAUCCAUUCAAAAAGAUACGUACAUAUUUUUUUCUAAACUGAUCUAGAUGUGAUUGGAUCAGAGGAGUUAGUUACUGUAUAUAUUUUGUUUCUUGAACGUUUGAGCUAUUUUUUGUAUUUCCUGAGGUUGGAACUGUAAAAUGCCCCAAUACAAGCAAAGUUUGACAAGCAGGCUUUUGUGAGCAGAUUCUCCAGACAUACUUAGGUCGAGCACCUUAUUGAUAAGUUUUUGUGAUGCCUGAAGUUGGUGCUGGUAGACAGAAUUCUCAACUGAAUAAAGGACUAAAAAUGAUGCGCACAUUUUUUUUGGAGAAGAUUUUUAAAAAGUAAUUUAACUGGCUACUGUCCAAGUUCAAUUCUGGCAAUUGGUUACAUUUGCCGUGUACUGUACAAAAUUGUUACUAUUAUAGUGAAACCCCGCUAUACCGCACCCCACGAUAUGCGAAUUAGGAUAAAACGCGAUCAUAAGGUGGCUCCGGUCACCCCAAGCAAAACAAGAAAGUGGCCGGAGCACUGCCGAAGCAAAGAAAAAAAGAAAUAAAUGUGCCUUCCCC